CUUAAAAAAAUGUACAUACAAUAUAAAAUAAAGAUAAGACUUAAUUAAGAUACAAUUAGUAAUAGGAAAAAUUAUAUAAAAAAUUAAUUAUAAAGAUUUAAAGAAUAUGAAAGCAGUAAUACAGCGCGUAACAAGUGCUUCUGUUACAGUGGAUGAUAAAGUUAUUAGCAGUAUUGGAAAUGGGCUUUGUAUAUUAAUCGGUAUAACAAGAGGUGAUACUUUGGCUGACAUAAAGUAUAUAGUAAAAAAAAUCUUAAAUAUAAAGGUUUUUGAGAAUGACAACAAGAAAUGGAGUGCCAGUGUUAUGGAUAAACAGUACGAAAUUUUGUGUAUCAGUCAAUUUACAUUGUAUCAUGUUUUGAAAGGAAAUAAACUUGACUUCCAUAGAGCAAUGCCAGCACAAGAGUCGGAACCAUUUUAUAAAAAUUUUUUGAACGAGUUGGGUAAAAACUAUAAACCAGAACUAAUUAAAGAUGGUAUAUUUGGAGCUAUGAUGCAAGUUAGUAUACAAAAUAAUGGACCUGUUACUUUAGAAAUAGAAUCUCCAAUUAAACCUGUUAAAGAUAGUACUGAAAAACUUGAUAAAAAUGAUUCUGCAGAAUAAAUAAUUAUUAAUUUGUAUAUAUAU